GGUACAUUUUAAUUUCCUUUUUAAUACUGUUCGUCGCGACCAUUUUAGCGAAAUCUGAGCAUGUGUUCACUAGUUUUGUUUGUCCAGCUAAAACAUGUUUACAUUGCAAAUUAUAAACUUUUACUCUGAUUGCAUCCGACCUCUAUGUACAUAGUUCACCCUAAAGCCAAAACAAUACCGUUUCUUCUCUGGUCUUUCUGAAGACAUGGGGCAGGGAAAAAACGUACAUCAGUGGACUUGUGAAGAUGUGGGCUUGUGGCUUGAAGGAAACUGUUUCGAUGACUAUGUGAAUCUGUUCAGUAAUGAACAUAGGAUCGACGGAAAAGCGCUUCUUGUCCUCAACGAAGAUGACUUGAGAAAUCCUCCGCUUAAGUUAAAGAUCCUUGGCGAUAUAAAGCGAUUAUGGCUUGCGAUAAGUUCUCUUCAGCAAAGAAACAACCGGCUGACUUCCUUAGUACUGCCCACUGGAUCCAAUGGAUACGUUAAGCGAAACAAGAUUGAUCAGGUUGAUAGCCUGGGCAGGUUUAUGGUUAGUUCAGGUGAACGGUGGCCUCGGGAUUUCGAAGAUCCUGAUAACGAAGGAACGGACUGCAUUCAUCCCUUUUCGAACAUUUCGGAAACAGGGAAAAUGUUCAUUAGUUUGUUGUACGUGUCUUCAGCGUUUUUUGUUUCUUCGUUUGUCGCGGUUUUCGUAGUUCACGAUCGUGUUCCAGAUAUGAAGAAAUAUCCCCCUCUGCCUGACAUUGUCUUAGACAACUUACCUGUUAUCCCAUGGGCCUUUAAACUGUGCGAAGGCACGGUGCUUAUUUUGACUGCCUUUUUAUCGGUCGUCUUGUUCUUCCACAAACACAGAGUUAUUAUUGCACGGCGAGUGGCUGCUAUGUAUGGGACACUUUUUCUUCUUCGCUGUUUUACAAUGUUCGUCACAUCACUUAGUGUUCCUGGAAUUCAUUUGCAAUUGGAAUGCUCAGCCGGAAAGGUAAGAAGAGGAAAUAGAUUUAUGUUUAGCAUCUUAAAAACCCAUUCAGUUAUGAAAAUGAAACUUUUUUUUUAAAUCUAAGGUUACAUCUAAGCAAACCUUAAUCUUAUUUAUUUCAGAUAGCACCAGAUACGUGUUUAGUAACGAGUUCUCCAGCAAAAUGUUCGAGGCGGAUGCACUAAGCUCUAAGUACUAACAUGUAAAUUAGGUAUUAAACAAGUAAUUAACAAAUAAAUAAAUAAAUAAAUAAAAAUAAAACAAAUUGAUUAAUUAAUCGUGCGGCGAGAAAGGAGAUAGGGGUGAGUGAUAUAAGUACUUGUGCGCACUUGUCGUGCCUACGUUGCUUCUUCACAUUACAAAGGUAUAUAUAUUUGCUUCAGAAAACUCCUUGCUUUCCUUGUAGUACUGUUCUUUCUAAAACAAAGCAAUUUGUUCCUAGCGCACGCGGAGAGGAUUAGUCCACGUUACUAAAAAAAAAGUAAAUUCUGCUCAUCAGAAGGGAAACAAAUUUCCUGGGAAAAAAAGGGGAAAACGUCACGCACUACGGCUACUUGUGGCACUGAUCGGCUCAGGAAAGUUUCAGAUAUUCAAGUAGCGUGGACUUCGAUGGCAGGGAAGCCUUUAUGUUGGGGAGAGGCGGAGGCGGAGUGUUCGGCAGGUCCAAUAGACCGAUGAGGAGAUCCGACUUUUCAACAUCUGUUUGGCCUCCCUUAGGACGGCAGAUUCGGCUUUACCAGUGGCUCUAACGUGAUACAGUACGUCGACCGCAUGAUCAACUUGAAGUCAUAGGCCUUGGCAAAGUUCAGAACUCUUGAGAGGUAUACUGGGGCCCAUUGUCUGACAUAAAGUUUAUCCGGCACACCAUAGCGGGCAAAGUGUGCUUUUUUUUACUGAGACUUGUAGCAGUCAUGUCUUCGUUCAACAGAUUCACCUCAAACCAGUCACUGUAGUGGAGUAAUCUACCACAACAGCAUAUCAUUGAGCCCUCCUUGGUUGAAUAAGUCCUGCCAAAUGAAUUCAAGAGACAACAUCGGUUCUCUCGCGAGCGACGAACAAUCACACUCGCACACAAUGAACAUUUGACACUCUCUUGUGGAAUUGCAGCUUGCAUUU